GCAUACGACAAUGGCGGCCGACACGCAAAAGCAAAGCAGAGAGGCCAAAGCUUCCCUGCCCGGUCAAUUCCUUUCAAAGCAACCGAAAGAAAGAAAUUAAGACGGGAAAGGGACAGAAACCACGAGAAAGUGAAGCAGAGAAGGGAAGCACAUAUGCCGCAUUUGCAUUCCGUUUGGUAAUAGAGAAAACCACAAAUUAAAGCGUAUAAGCCCAAGUGAGUAUGGAGGAAAAAAGACGAAAAGGCAUGUAAUUUUCAUUUCUUUUUCUUUUCUCGCCUAGUUUAUCCGAACAACGUGCUAGUGAGAGAGAGAGAGAGAGAGAGAGAGAGAGCUGGUGUUUGGCGGUGGGCGGGAGAGUGUUGAACCCGUGGCCGUGGUUGAGAUUGAAGGCGGCGAGGGAUGUCGAAGGAGACUCAGAUAUCGUUGGCGGAGUCGUCGAUGUUUCCAGGGUUUAGGUUUUCGCCGACGGACGAGGAAUUGAUAUCGUUUUACUUGAAGCAGAAGAUCGAGGGCUCCGAGAGUCGCGUCCAAAUCAUCUCCGAGAUUGAAAUCUGUAAACACGAGCCUUGGGACUUACCAGCCAAAUCUGUUAUUCAGUCUGAUAAUGAGUGGUUCUUCUUUACUCCUCGUGGAAAGAAAUACCCAAAUGGUUCACAAAGUAAGAGGGCAACAGAAUAUGGGUAUUGGAAAGCAACUGGGAAAGAACGUAAUGUGAAGUCAGGUUCUAAAGUAAUUGGUACAAAGAGGACAUUGGUCUUCCACAUAGGUCGAGCACCUAAAGGAGAGAGGACAGAAUGGAUAAUGCACGAGUAUUGCAUGUGUGAAAAAUCUCAGGAGUCCUUGGUCAUUUGUCGUCUUCGGAAGAAUCAUGAAUUUCGCUUGGCUGAAACUACAAACCGAGAUUCUCCAAAUCAAAGGGACACAUCUCCUCCAAAAAAUAGUAAUGCCAUCUCUAAAAGUGGUAUUGAUCAAAUGGCCGUGUUUGGAGGGGAUGGGAGUCAUGGGACUAGGGAAGGUUGCUCAAAGAACUGUAGCAGCAGUUAUGAUUCUUAUUCUGUCGAGCAAAUUGAUUCUACAUCUGAAUCUGAUCCAAAAGUGGCAAAUGAAUUUUCUCAGCCUGAAUGUUCUGGGUACCAGAAGGAUGAUGGCAAUGAGGAUGAUUGUUAUGCUGAGAUAUUGAAAGAUGAUAUAGUCAAGCUUGAUGAAUCUUCAUUGCCCACAUCUGAUCUCUUUCGUAUCGUUGCUAACAAGUCUGAGGCAGAUAGAAAAUCGAAACAACCGAUGCAAACAAGAAUUUCACAGGUGCAACCUUUUCAGGGCACAGCGAGUCGAAGAAUUAGAUUGAAGUUGCAAGUGCAGGAAGCAGGGAGGUCCAAUACAAAAGGAUCAAAUGCAUUGAAAGUUGGCACCAUGGGGGAUUUAUCGAAGAGAGUGACUUAUCCAAACUUGGAGCAACAAUCCAAAUGGUCGAUAAGCAUGGUUUCAACCAGGCUUGUAUUUGCCGUUUUCAUUUUGCUUGUAGUUCUGUUGGGAGUGGAAAUCCAAAGGCCUUCCUGUACCAACCUUAUCAGGAGGGUGUGUGGUUAUUUGUUUUGACAUUUUCACUGGUAUGGAUACCACGUCCACCUUUAAGCUUUGAUUCUAAAGUGAAAGUUUAGUUAGUCUAAAAGUCGAUGUAAGAUAAGUUUAAGCUUUGAUUGUAAAGCGAAAGUUUAGUUAGUCAAAAAGUUAAUGUAAGAUUAGUUUAGCUUUAUGUUACAUUCAUAUGUGCCAAAUUCUCUUAUCCUCCUCAAUGUCUUUUUCAGUCUUGUGUAUAUAUAUAUGUUUUUUUUUUUUGUGUGGUUUA